AUUUUCUUUUCCUGCGAAUAAUACUUUCCCGGAAAAAGAAAGCGGAGAUGUUAGAGAAGAUCGGGUUGCCGGCAAAGCCAGCACUGAGAGGGAACAAUUGGGUGGUUGAUUCUUCGCACUGUCAGGGAUGUAAUUCUCAGUUCACCUUCAUCAAUCGCAAGCAUCACUGCCGAAGGUGUGGGGGCUUGUUUUGCAACAGUUGUACUCAGCAAAGGAUGUUUUUGCGCGGACAAGGUGAUUCGCCUGUGCGCAUAUGCGAGCCUUGUAAGAAACUUGAAGACGCCGCUCGUUUUGAGAUGCGACAUGGGCACAAGGGUAGAGCUGGGAGAGGCAGUUCCAAAUUGACUUCAAAGUAUGAGGAUGAAGUUCUGAAUCAGAUUCUGGGUAGUGCGCGGGAGGAAUCUUUUUCAUCGGUGCAGGAGUCAAACAAUGAGAUUGUUUCUAGUAUUCAAAGGGCAACUAGCAGUGCAUCCUGUUCAAAUGCUCAAGAAGUUGAUACUCUGGAUGGGGGAGGAGAAAUGCAUGGAAGUAUUUCUCGCAAUGAACCUAAUCAUUCAAAGGGUGAGAUGGGAUCUGCUAGUCCUGAGGAAUUGCGUCAGCGAGCUUUGGAUGAGAAAAAUACAUAUAGAAUUCUGAAAGGAGAAGGGAAGUCAGAGGAAGCUCUCAAAGCCUUUAAGAGAGGGAAAGAGCUUGAGAGGCAGGCUGAGGCUUUGGAAAUAUACUUAAGAAAAAGCCGUAAAAGGGCUUUAUCUUCUGGAAACAUGGCUGAUAUCCAGAAUAAAGAUGACCCUAAAGAAUCUGGGAGAAAAAAUAAGAUCAUUCCUCGUUCGUUCAAAGAAAAGGAUGACCUUGCUGCUGAACUCAGAGAACUGGGAUGGUCUGAUAAAGAUUUCCAUGAUGAAGAUAAAAAGCCAGCAAGUAUGAGUUUGGAGGGUGAACUGUUGUCUCUUCUUGGAGAAGUCUCUCAGAAGACUAACAGAAAUGAGGUUAGUGGUGGCAUUGACAAGACCAAUGUUGUUGCUCUCAAGAAAAAGGCACUCAUGUUGAAGCGUGAAGGGAAGCUAGCAGAAGCCAAGGAAGAAUUGAAGCGAGCCAAAGUUUUAGAGAAACAACUUGAAGAAGAGGAACUCUUGGCUGGGGCUGAAGAUUCUGAUGAUGAGCUUUCUGCAUUAAUCCAUAGUAUGGACAAUAAUAAAGAAGAAUUGUCAAUUCUAUAUGAGCAAGAGCAUGGUUUUGAUUUUGAUCAUAUUGUAGGCCCUUCUGAUGAUUUUAUUGUUGAUAGUAAUUUUGAAGUGACAGAUGAGGAUAUGGAGGAUCCUGAAAUAGUUGAUGCUUUGAAAUCACUUGGUUGGACUGAAGACUCUAGUCAUCCAAAAAACAUUUUGCACCAGUCUGUUCCUGUUGACACAGAAGCGAUGUUAAGUGAAAUUCAGAAUUUGAAGAGAGAGGCUCUUAAUCAAAAAAGGGCAGGUAAUGUUAAAGAGGCAAUGGCAAAGCUUAAGAAGGCAAAGCUUCUUGAAAGGGACCUUGAAAGCUUUGAGUCUCAAAAGGAUAACUUUAUUGUUCAGAAUCCCACAGUAUCUCAGAAACACUCAACUUCUCUACUGGCUGAUAAAUUUUUUACCUCAACAGAGGUUGAUGAUGGAGAUGUUAAUGCAAAGGAAAAUGGUGAUCCCAGACUUGCACCGAAGAGUAGAUUAACGAUUCAGAAGGAGCUUCUGACAUUGAAAAAGAAGGCACUUGCUUUGAAAAGGGAAGGAAGAUUAGAUGAGGCAGAAGAAGAAUUGAAAAAGGGUAAGGUUCUUGAGCAUCAGCUUGAACAGAUGGAUAAUGCUUUGAAGGGGAAGGCUACACAGGUUACUGUUGGUAGUAAAGACCCAGAUUUGUCAUACAAACAUCCUGAUAUCAAUAAAAUUCUUCCACUUGGAGAAGGAGAUGGCGAAGAAGACAUAACAGAUCAAGAUAUGCAUGACCCAACCUAUCUUUCACUUCUUAAGAAUUUAGGUUGGACUGAUGAAGACAAUGAGCUCGCAAAUUCUGCAUCCAAACCUUCUAAGCAAGAUGAUAAUCUUUCUAUGCAGAUAAGUGAGUCUCCUUCAACUCAAUCCCGUCCAAAUGUCUUGGUCAGGGCAUCAAGAAGUAAAGCUGAACUCCAGAGGGAACUCUUAAGCUUAAAGAGAAAGGCUCUUGCUCUUAGACGCCAAGGGAAGACUGAGGAGGCAGAGGAAGUUCUUAGGAAUGCAAAAGUAUUAGAGGCUCAGAUAGCGGAGAUUGAAGCUCCAAAGGAAGAAGUUCAGAUUGAAUCUAAUAGGCCUAAAAACGAGAUCUACAACCCGCCUGUUGAGAGUUCAGUGAUGGAAGGAGAUGAAGGGGAAGUUCCAGCACUACACUCAAUGCUAAAGAAUCUGGGGCGGAACGAACUUAAACCUGUAACCAUGCCAGAGAGGCCUAAACAAGUUGAUAUUAAUACCUUACAUACUAUGGAUCCAUCUGUAAUUGGAUCCUCUUCUGACCCUCCUGUUGCAGCACCAAGAAGUAAGGGAGAAAUCCAAAGGGAACUUUUGAGUUUGAAAAGAAAGGCCCUUGCUCUUAGACGUAAGGGAGAAACAGAACAAGCAGAGGAAACAUUGAGAAUCGCUAAGGUACUAGAAGCCCAGCUAGAAGAUCUGGAAGCCCCGAAAAAGGAACUUUUGGUUAAUGCUUCCGAGCAUAAAAGACCUGAGCCUUUUGAGUUAUUGGUUACUCAUGAAAACGAUGGGAAUUCCAAAGAUGCAGUGGAAGUAAAUAAAGGGUCAGCCCCAGCAGUGGCGAGUCUAAAUAACGAAGUUUUUCAGUCAUCAGUGGAUUCAGGAAAAACGGAAAGUGACAUGGUUAAUCCUCCCUUUUGGGAUUCUGGUAUCUUGAUUCCAGUAAUCUCUCAGUUCACUGAGAAAAAAAAUCCAUCUUGUGUAGAAUUGGGUACUUCAGGUAAAAUUAGUCCUCCGGAAAACAACAAAACAGCAGGCACUUGUUACGUCUCUCCACCUGGCCAGUCUUUGAACAUGAAGGAUCUGCUGACUGGUGAUGAUUGGAGUUUUUCUCAAAAGUCGGAUGAAAGGCAAGUGGAGAAAUUAAAUUUUGGUUCUGAUGUUUCAUCUCUUACUAGUCCUGCUAUUCGUUUGGGAUCCCUAUCAAGUCCCAAAGAAGAUCUUGGAAGCAAGGAUGAUGUUACAACCGAGAAAAGAGAAAUGGUAAAUGCAGAUGAGAAGACACAUAUACAUAAAGCAAAUUCAGUCCAGGGAUUUGUUUCUGUCAAAAAUGACAGCUCCCUGCAGCAAGAAAUUUUGGCUCAUAAGAGGAAAGCAGUUGCUUUAAAGAGAGAAGGGAAAUUGACAGAAGCUCGUGAGGAACUUCGUCAGGCAAAGCUGCUUGAGAAGAGUCUGGAGGACAAUCCCCAGCCAAAAACUGGUCCUAGUGAUUUGUCUACUUCUAACGUUCCUUUUGUUGAAAAAAGGGAGCAGGGUAUAUCAAAUUUGGCUCCGAAACCACUGUCGAGUCGUGAUCGUUUCAAAUUGCAACAGGAAUCUCUUAGCCACAAACGUCAGGCCCUCAAGCUGCGAAGGGAAGGCCGGAUGGAAGAAGCAGAGGCUGAGUCUGAGUUGGCCAAGGCACUUGAAACCCAGUUGGAGGAGUUGGCUGCUCAUGAUUCUGCAGGGUCUUCUGUUGGUAAAUUAGAACCAGUAGAUGAUGUGGUUGUUGAGGAUCUUCUUGAUCCUCAACUGUUAUCGGCCUUAAAAGCGAUUGGCGUGGAAGAUGCUAAUACAGUGGUGUCACACGUCCCAGAAAGACGAGAGCCUCUGAAACUCAAUGUUGGUAAAAGUGGGAAUUCUAAUCUAGAGAGAACUCAAUUGGAAGAACAGAUCAAAGCAGAGAAGGUAAAGGCUGUAAAGUUGAAACGUUCAGGAAAGCAAGGUGAGGCCUUGGAUGCUCUUCGGCAUGCCAAACUUCUUGAAAAGAAGCUGAAUUCCUUGGCUUCACAAUGAAGAAAUAAGGAUAUAUCCUGUUUUGAAGCUGUGAAAUCCUCCCUUGUGCAAGCUCGGGUCAUUCUGUAGGUGAAGUUGCUGUGGCAAAAUAACUCUGAAUCUGGAUGAUAUGCUUGGUUUUUAAGAAUCUUCUCUUCCAUGCGCGCAUGUGUUUGUUAUUUAGGUUGACGAUUGGCAAUUGAAAAAGUGUACAAUAAUUAUAGAGAUUAACAAUUUUUCUAUGAAAGAUGAAGAUGUUCUUCUAGAUAGGUUCUUCUUGUUUCACUCGAGUUUCCUCUUUGUCCCUGUUGUGUUGUCCAGCUCUAGGGAGGAAUUAGAAAAAUUGUUAUGUACUGUAGUUUUUGUUCAAAUUUGUGAUGAUAAACAAGGAGAUGGUUUUUAUUUUAUUUUUAAUAAAAUCAAGUAUCUUUGAUUUU